AUGUUUUGCUGCUCAUCGGACUCAGUUCGUGAUAAACUCCAGCCUUACCAGUUGCGCGCUCUCUACGUAAGACAGAUUGCUCGACUCUCUCAAAAAGGAAUAUUUGGAGAAGCAAUAAAUGUAUUUAAAGAGGUAAGCUUAGAUUUUGUUAAUCGCGAAUAAACAGUAACCGCAUGUUGCUUAGCUGUCGCGUAAACACAAGUUAAAACACUCAGUUAUGACCUGUUGAAUGGUUACUUUUUAUCAUAUCAACCAGUUCUUUUCCUUCGCCACCUCUGAGAGCAAAUAAAUUUGACAUUGUAGGGCAAUAAUUAUUCCUUUAAUAGUUAACAUGAACAGCAGUGCGCUUCAAAAUUACAAUUACGUUGUCUGGCAUCGGUGAUUGCGAUGGUGUAAACAACAUAUUUUGUCGAUAAUGUAAAAGCGUAGCCAAGAGACCUAGGUAAGAUGGCAUCUGUGACUUCUGCAGAAGGCCAAAUUAAUUCGUUUAGGAAAAGCCUUGAUCUUUUUUAAAAGCAAAACAAUUGACAAAAUCCUGCUGGCUAAUGUCUUUGCUAAGUAGAGAAUUAAGCUAAACGACUGGAUCUCACUACUCUUUACAACAUCGCGCCACUUUCUCGGCCAAUCGGAUUAAAGAAAUAAACCAAUCACGACUUGGUCACUCGCAUUUUACUCUUACUUUGAGUCAGUGAUAGGCUGCUAAUGAUUCCCUCCUCCGUUGCCAAUAGCAGUUGUGAUUACUUCAGUUUUGCUUUUACGAUAGUCAAGCGAAAAGAGUUCUAACGGGAGAUCCAGUCUCUCCACCUGUUACUCUCUUGCUUUAUUAUCCACAUGGUAAGUGCUUCCUUGGCAAAAAGUUUGAAUUUUCAUUUGCGUCUAGAUUUCAAAGAAUCUCGGGGUAAAUUCAAGGACUAAAAAGCUCAGUAAUCUGGCUAUGCCGGAUCUCCUUAGCGCUAAUGAAUUCCUUGUUGAUCGGAAUGCACAUCGAUAUUUACAAAGGUAAGCUUAAAGUUUCAAACUCCCGUUAGCACGCGAGGUGUCAUUCUUAUUUGAAAUCCUCUUGAUAUAUCUCUGUCAAAGUUCUGCUGUGUUUGCAUGGGCAGCUUAAGACCGUUAACAAUAUCGCUAUCAUCCGUCACCAAAUGACCAGCAUUUUAUCAUUCACUGUCAGCCUUCACUAUCACCUGUGCCCGAUAACUUCGUUCAUCACAAAUGUCUCUUGCAUUGCCUUACCUCACUGAAUUUAAUGUCUGAAGGUUUUUAAUUUUUGAAAGGAGCAUUCUGGAUGAGCUAAACUUUGCACUGGAAGCAAACUCCACCAAAAAUCUGUCGAAAACAAAUAGAAAAAACAUUGCCACCUUUACGUAAGGUUUUGACUCAUCUCCAUUUGACAAUUAGUUCAGUUCCACUGAAAAUACUAACUUUCACACUUCAUAACUAUAAAGAAAGGUCUCGAGCCCCUUCCAAGAAAUGGGUUAGGGGAAAUUUUACAUCGGAAACAAUGAAUUACUGUCUUAGAGUCAGGUAUUCAAUAACGUGUGAGUUUCCACGUCAAUUGGUCCCCAUCCACAAGUUUUUUUGUUUGCGCGGAAGGGUCGUUUUCAGAAUUUUAGGCUCGUUUUAUUCAUAAAAUUUAUUUUUUUGUGAAAUGAUGCGUUCUACCCAAUCAAGAAUAACUUAAAAAAAAAACGCUUAGCCUCUAAACCUUUCUUAGACUUCAGGAGGCACUUCUCGAUAGAAAUGGGCGCCAAAUCUGCCACAUAUGCAAACUGCUUCUUAAACACUUUGACUUCGACCCAGCGAGUGACAUCAUGGAUGACCUUGAAAAAUCCAACAAAGUGACAUUGUCGAAAUCCAAUCUGUCAGUCAUCAGCAUAUAUGGCCUGGACUUGUCAAAGACGAAAAACAUGAAGAAGCUCACGGCACUUUUGUUCAGAUGUCCCAAUGUUAAGAAGAUAGAGCUGGUGUUUUGCUCGUUAAACAAUGUUUAUGCUUUGAAGCUGCUUGAUGUCGCUAUGACACUGAAAUCUCUUUAUUUUAUGGGUAAGUAAACGAAUUCCUUGGCAAACAUCGACAGUAAGAAACACGACACACACAAGUACAAUCAAAUCUAAACCAAAAAAUGUUCAGGGGGCUUAGACUUUGACGGAAAUUAUUGACCGAAAAUAAGACUGCAGGUAGAGACGAUACUAAUUAAAACAGUCGUAACCUUUGAGCUCAGACUGCUAAAAUUCACAAAGAUGAAAACUGAAUAAAUACACAAGGGUCAUUGCGUAACUCCAACCCCCCCUUCCCCCUCCCCUCAAAUCCCUUUCCUGCCUUCCACCCUAUUAAAAGCCCGCCUCUGAGGUUAAACCCGUAUUACGAUAUUUGGACAUUUGGAGAACUUGACAUUCUAAAAAGAGACUGACUACAACUAAGAGAGAGGAAAGCUUUAUCGAGCUUUAAAAAAAAAAGGUGAUAUCGCUCUUUCCUUAUCAAAAAAUAUAUAUAUAUAUAUAAAAAAAGAAAACAGUCAUCCAGAGCGCUGCGAUAACGCAGUGGCGAAGACAGUCGCCUCCCACCUCUUAGACCAGAAAUCGAUUCUCGAUCCUGGCUUCACUUGUGGGUUGUUUGUUCUCAUAUUUUUUCUGAAAAGUUUUCUUGAAUUCUGUUUCUGCCAGCUCUGCCAUCACGCUGCUUUUCUGGAAAGACCCGUGCUUAAUCGACGGCAGCUAUUGUGUUUUUUCUACAUAGUGAAGCCAAUAUUCAACUGCCCAACUGUUUCAAUUUUGGACAAUUUAGUAGUCAUCUUGGAAUCUUAAGUUCUCUAUUAAUUAUUUUUUAUUUUUACUUCUUUUUAGGCUUACGCGGCAAUCAAAUUGAUAUGAAACUUGUGCUUAAGCUUCUCACCUUGUUAAAAGACCCAAAAUACUUUCCCAAUCUGUUGUGGGUAGACCUACGAAACAAUAACGGAAUUAUUACCAUUCCCAGCCAGUUUGUUCAGCUCCUAAUGGAGCGAAGAACACAACUCAUUGCUUUAAAAGACACUGAUGAGAAAAAAAAAUCUAUAAGUGUUCAAGACGCCAUAAAUGGAAAGGUAGUUUAA